AGUGAGGGGAGCGCCUUUGACUUUGCGAGGCCCACAACGGCAGCGCCGGCGCCAGUUCCAGGGGCGCAAUGUCUAAUCAAGAGCGUAUACAGGAAUGCCUGAGGAAGGAAAUAAGGUCACUUCUCAUUUCCCUCAGAGAUGGUUUGACCCCACAGCAGUUGGAAAAGGAGUACCUUUCGAUGGUUGGCAACCGUUUACCACUCCAAAUCCUUGGGUAUCGGUCCACCAUGGAGCUGGUGUUGGAUAUGCCUGAUGUUGUCAGUGUCUGCCCCUGUGAGGACGGUACUGUAAUACUGAAGGCCAUUCCAGAUGAAUCCACCAAAGGAAUAGAAAGUUUAGUUGCAAAACAGAGGGGCAGCCGUAAGGUUCGAAACUCCGUGCAGAAGAGAAGGGCCAGUGUUUGCUUUGGGCCCAGCUCUCAACGGCAGCAAGUACCUUACCGAGGAAGGGUGCCCCCUAUUCUUCCAGCUGUCGUGAAGAGUGAGUUGAAAGACCUCUUGACGUUAUCUCCUGUUCUCCUUUCUGAUUUUGAGAACGCAUUUGCCAAGCGAUUUGGACGAUCAUUCCAGUAUGUGCAGUAUGGCUUCUUCUCUAUGUUUGAAGUGCUGAAUGCCGCUGCAGAUGUCAUUUCUGUAAAACAGACCAGAGCAGGUUCUUUGUUGAUGCUGAAGAAGAGCCUAUCCAAGGAAAAGCAGAGAGGAUGGCCAGCAGGUAAAAUUUUUACCCAGCCUUUUAGAAGGAAGCAACAAAGGUCAUAUCCCACAGGCUCCCCAGUAGCAAUGGCAUGCUUUUCACAACCGACUUCAAACAUGGAACCACCGAAGCAAAUACUGGACGUGGAGAAUACUUCUAGGUCAAAUGUGGAGACUUCAAGGCUGAAUCACACUGAAAAAUUAAACCAGUUGGAGAAUACCUUCAAAUCAGUUAUUGCACAAACUGGACCUGGAGGGACUAUCAAUCCAGAGCUAAAACAUAAGAUAAAAUUUGUUGUAUCCAAGUUUCCAGAGGGUUUACUUAUUUCUAAACUUCUUGGAGAGUUUGAGGUAAUUUUUAAAGAGCAACUUUCACCCAAAAAACUGGGCUUCUUAAAUGUGACCGAGCUUGUUGGAGCUCUUAGUGACAUUCUCCAUGUUGAGUUCAGGGAAGGAGAACAAGACUUGCUGGUGUUUGAUGCUGAUAUGAAGCCUCUACCACCUGAUGGAGCUGUGUCAUCAGUCAGAAAUUCAUGUUUAGUUCAAUCAGAUAAGAAAAUAGAAGCCAAAGCUUGUGUGUCCAGUCCCCCUAGAAAUUCACUGUCUACUACUGUUAUCAAGGAGACUACACAGGAUUGCCCUUCAAAAAACCACAAAGAGCCUGAACAGAAGAUUUGCAAGAAGCCUAAUCUGGUGGUAAAGCCUUUACAGCUGCAAGUAGAAAUUAACAAAUCACAGCUCAACUUGGCAAUGGCAAAUCAUGAUAUCCCACCUGAUGCCGUACGGGACAAGAAAUUAUGCAAACUACCCCCAUUAAGUACCAGUACCCUCGUGGGGGUCUUUGUGGAGUAUAUCAUCUCUCCUAGUCAAUUCUACAUCCGAAUCUAUAGCACGGAUUCAUCAGAGUUACUUGAAGACAUGAUGAUUGAAAUGCGGCGCUGUUAUUCUUAUCAGCUGGUUUCUGAUCGAUAUGCCAUGCCAGAGUAUUUUAUCCAACCGGGACAUCUCUGUUGUGUAAGGAUUUCUGAGGAUAAGUGGUGGUAUCGGGUCAUUAUCCAUGGAAUUCUUGGGAAAGAGGAAGUUGAAGUGUUCUAUCCAGACUUUGGAAAUAUUGGAACUGUUCAGAAGUCCUCCCUGAGGUUCCUCAAGUACUGCUACACCAGGCUUCCAGCUCAGGCUAUCCCCUGUUCUUUGGCUUGGGUGAGACCAGUAGAGGAACAUUGGACAUCCAGAGCUAUUUUGCAGUUCCAGAAGUUGUGUGGUUUGAAGCCAUUAGUGGGGGUAGUGGAUGAAUAUGUAGAUGGAAUCCUUUACAUUUUUCUGUGUGAUACAUCCUCACAUGAAGACAUCUAUUUCCAUCAUGUCUUGAGAACAGAGGGCCAUGCUAUUGUAUGCCGAGAAAAUGUCCCUUCUAAGGGUUUCAGAGACCUCAACCCUUUAAGUUUAUACACUAAAUCCAGUGCAGGGCCAGAGGACAUUGUCCUAACAGAACUGGGUUAUCCUUCCCAGCAGCACUAUUUUAAUGAAGAUCGAGAGAUAAGUCCAAAAUCGAAAGAGAGAGAAUUAUAUACCAUGCGAGAUAUUAAUGAUGAAAAGGCUUUCAGUCACCUUAAGUCAGUCACCUCAAAGGAGCCGUUAAAGGAUUCUGAAUUCAGUUCUUUGAAAACCCAAGAGAAGAGCUGUGAAGACUAUCCAAAGUGUUCCAUCUCCGAGCUAAAAGAUCUGAAGGAAGAAAAUGAGGAUGAGAUUCCCACUGGAAUGCCAUGCCUGGAGUCAGUAACCAUAGGUGAUGAUAUAUGGGAUGAGAACUGGAUACCUUUGCAGGCUGGAAUGGGAGAAGGAAGCGAUACUGCCUCCCACUUAUCUACCUCAAGGCUUGGUGGAGAGAAACCAUAUUCAUCAUGUAAAGAAAUGCCACAGAAGGAUUGGUGUUUUUCUACACCCAAAGAUAUAUGGGAUGAUCCAUGGCAGCCUUCAGGCCUUGUGAGUGGGAAGAAAGUAGAAGUUCAAAAACCAGAAGGACUGGGUGCUCAAGAAAAAAAUACUGGCACAACCAGAAUUCAAAAGCAACCAAACUUAAAGAGUUGCUCAGAUUCUCCCACGUUGCCCGAAUUGGAGGAGUUCUACAUCUCUUUUAUCCAGUCACAGCAGUCAGCAGAAGGUGGCCAGUUUGAGCCUAGCAGCAUUGAGACUUGGCCAAAGCAAAUUCAGCUAUCCACAGCAGUGCUCAACUCAACUCCGGCAGUGGUCGAUUACCCACAAAAACACUCUGGUUCAGUGGAAAGCUCUCCAGAGAGCCUAGAGAAUGAAGAUUUUUCUAGUAGCCAUGCUAUUGCAGUGUUCAAAGAUAAGAGUCAGGGAGCCAUGGACCAGCUGUCUUUGAUUUUGUCUCCUGAGCACCAGAUUUCUCAGAAGCUCUACAUUCCUCGAAGCACAGCCACUGCUGCCUUAGGAGCUGCUGCACGGCUAGCCACAUCCAGGAGCCUCCUGCACUGGUACCCCAGUGUGAAAAGGAUGGAAGCAUGAGAAAGCAGGGAGGAAAAAAAUAAACUAGAUGCUUAGGGCCUGGUGACCUCCCAGGCCAAAAGAAGAAGGAGGUAUUGAGACAAAGUAGU